CCCAAAUACUAUAUAAUCUAUUUGGGAAAAAUUUCGCCCAACAAACACACGAAAUACUCUGAACCGGACGGAAGACUCUCUAACCAAAAUGAUUCUCUCUACAUUAUUCUUCAUUACAACCCUUGCCUUCAGCUUCUCGUUUCCGCUGGCCGACCCCGAUCCCUCUCACCACAAAUCCAGGGUUAUCUUCAUCGGAAAAGACUACAAUUCGGGCUACGGGGGCGGCUAUCCAAUUAGCCACAGCAAUGGCUACGGCGGCGGCUACGGGGGCGGCUAUGGAGCAGGUUACGGCGGCGGCAACUACCUGGGUCACGGUGGCGGCUACGGAGGCGGCUACGGAGGUGGAUAUGGCGGUGGUUAUGGGGGAGGAAGUGGAUACGGAGGGGGAUAUGGAUACGGGGGUGGAAGCGGAUACGGCGGGGGUAACGGGCUAGGGUACGGGGGUGGUUCCGGCUAUGGGUACGGAGGUGGCUAUGGGGGCGGCUACGGUAAUGGAUACGGGAGUGGGUAUGGAGGAGGGUGGGGCAGUGGAGGUGGUUAUGGAUACGGGCGAUGACAGUGAACCACAGACUGAAAACUUAAAUUGUGAACAUGUGGUAUUUUGAGAAUAGUAAUAAUUAAAUGAAUUGUUUUGUAUUUAUUUUUGUAUUAGUUUAUGCACGUGUUUUUAAGUGAAAAAAAUUCCUUAAAUGAUGGCUA